UAAAAGCAGGCGCUCCGGUUUCCCUGGCGGAGAAGAUGGCGGCUCCUGGACCGGGGGAGUAUUUCAGUGUCGGGAGCCAUGUCUCUUGUCUUACCUGCUUAGGUCAACGUUUACAAGGAGAGGUCGUGGCUUUUGACUACCAAUCCAAGAUGUUGACUUUGAAAUGUGCUUCCUCCAGCGGUAAGCCAAACUUGAGUGACGUGGUCCUGAUUAACCUAGCCUAUGUGUCAGAGGUGGACAUCAUCAAUGACCGCACUGAAACCCCACCUCCGCUAGCAUCUCUCAAUAUAAGCAAGCUGGCCAACCGAGCACGGUCAGAAAAGGAGGACAAGCUCUCCCAAGCCUAUGCAAUCAGUGCAGGGGUGUCUGUGGAAGGCCAGCAGUUAUUCCACACUAUUCACAAAACUAUCAAAGAUUGCAAGUGGCAGGAGAAGAACAUCAUCGUGAUGGAUGACGUGGUCAUCUCGCCUCCCUACCAGGUGGAUAAUUGCAAAGGCAAAGAGGGAAGCGCUUUAAGUCAUAUACGCAAAAUAGUUGAGAAACACUUCCGGGACGCGGAGGGCCAGAAGCCGGUGCCGCGCACACAAGCACAGCAAACACAGAAGGACUCCUCUUCUUUAUCAUCUUGAGAAGGGAGGGAGGUGUAUAUGUGUGUGUGUGAGAGAGAGUGUGUGUGGGUGUGUCGGGAGUUUGUGUGUUUUCGGGGUGUG